AAACGAUCAGGGGAUUAACAACAGUACUCGAGUUGUCCUUUCUAGGUUUCUGUUGUAUUUCUGUGCUUGGACUACCUGCCCCGCUAACCAUUUGGUUUCUAGACGAUCUCCAACCGGGGGAAGACAGACAAAACUCUGACAGGGCUGAAACAGGUUGUGUCGAGUCAUGGCAUUCAGUAAAGGUUAUCGUAUUUAUCAUAAACUGGAUCCCCCUCCGUACAGUGUGAUUGUGGAGACCAGAAAUCGAGAGGAAUGCCUGAUGUUCGAGACUGGAGCCGUUGCUGUACUGUCGGCGGCAGAGAAAGAGACCAUAAAAACAGCGUACACUAAGAUGCUGGAUGCUUAUGGGAUCCUGGGAGUUCUUCGUCUUAACCUUGGGGAUUCUAUGCUGCACAGCCUGGUGGUCGUAACAGGCUGCAGUUCAGUGGGGAAAGUCCAGGAUUCAGAAGUUUUUCGAGUAACGGGCACUGACUUCGUCUCUCUGAAAAAUGACCCCUCGGAUGAGGACCGCAUCGCUGAUGUCAGGAAAGUCUUAAACUCUGGGAACUUCUAUUUUGCCUGGUCCUCCACCGGAGUGAGUCUGGACCUCAGCUUGAACGCGCACCGCAGAAUCAGAGAAGACACAUCUGACAAUCGUUUUUUCUGGAAUCAGUCCCUCCAUCUUCAUCUCAAGCAUUAUGGGGUGAACUGUGAUGACUGGCUGCUGAGGUUGAUGUGUGGCGGAGUGGAGAUCCGCACCAUCUACGCUGGCCACAAGCAGGCCAAAGCUUGCGUGAUCUCUCGGCUCAGCUCAGAGAGAGCAGGCACACGUUUUAAUGUCCGAGGCACAAAUGACGAUGGCCAGGUGGCCAACUUUGUGGAGACUGAGCAGGUUAUUUUCCUUGAUGACAAAGUAUCUUCCUUCAUUCAGAUACGAGGGUCAAUACCCCUGUUCUGGGAGCAGCCGGGAAUUCAGAAACACUCUUUUAAGGGGAUUAUGUUGCAGCUGAAUCAAAGUCGAGAGGCGAAAGGACAGCAUGGAAACCAACAGCUGGUCGGAUCUCAUCGUGUUAAGCUGUCUCGUGGUUUUGAAGCAAACGCACCGGCUUUUGAGAGACACUUUAGUGCUCUGAGGAAGCUGUAUGGCAGACAGGUGAUCAUCAACCUGCUGGGUAUGAAGGAGGGGGAAAACAUGCUCAGCAAAGCAUUCCAGAGUCACCUGAAAGCCUCAGAGCAUGCGAACGCUGUGAGAAUGUUGAACUUUGACUAUCAUCAGAUGGUUAAAGGCGGGAAGACUGACAAGCUCAACACUGUCCUGAAACCUCAGAUCAGCAAGUUUCUGGAGGAAUGUGGUUUCUUCUACUACUCAGAGGAGGCCGGCAUUCAGAGAUGUCAAACUGGGACUAUUCGUUCCAAUUGUUUAGACUGCUUGGACCGAACAAACAGCGUCCAGGCCUUCAUUGCACUUGAGAUGCUUCCGAAACAGUUGAAAGACAUGGGUCUGACUGAGAAGCCUCAGCUGGUGGCACGCUUUCAGGAGGUUUUCCGCUCCAUGUGGUCCAUCAAUGGAGACUCGGUCAGCAAGAUCUACGCAGGCACUGGUGCCCUGGAUGGCAAGGCUAAGGGUGGAAAGCUAAAGGACGGCGCUCGCUCAGUCACCAGAACCAUUCAGAACAACUUCUUUGACAGCUCUAAACAGGAAGCCAUUGACAUCCUGAGACUGGGCAGCACCCUGAACAGUGACCUGGCUGAUAAGGCACGAGCCCUCCUCACAACCGGCAGCCUGUACGUCACUGAGCCCAUUUUACAGUCAGCCUCUCCCAGAGUGCUUCUGGGCAUGUGUCAGAACCACUUCAAGUACACACGUCCCAAGAAGAUCAGAGUGUGUGUGGGUACAUGGAACGUGAACGGGGGCAAGCAGUUCCGCAGUAUUGCGUUUCGUAACCACACGCUCAAUGACUGGCUCCUGGAUGCCCCUAAGAAGGCCGGCCACCCAGAAUUCCAGGAUGGAAAAUCUAACCCAGUGGACAUCUUUGCUAUUGGCUUUGAGGAAAUGGUAGAGCUGAAUGCUGGAAAUAUCGUCAGUGCAAGCACUACUAAUCAGAAGCUGUGGGCUGCAGAACUGCAGAAGAACAUCUCACGAGAGCACAAAUACGUGCUGCUGGCCUCAGAGCAGCUGGUGGGUGUGUGUCUGUUCGUCUUCAUACGUCCUCAGCAUGCACCAUUCAUCAGGGACGUUGCUGUGGACACAGUGAAGACUGGGAUGGGUGGAGCCACUGGUAAUAAAGGGGGUGUGGCUAUUCGCAUGCUCUUUCACACCACCAGCAUCUGCUUUGUGUGCUCUCACUUUGCUGCCGGCCAGUCACAGGUCAAAGAGAGGAACGACGACUACAAUGAAAUUGCACGCAAACUGUCCUUCCCCAUGGGCCGUCUCCUGUACUCCCAUGAUUAUGUAUUCUGGUGUGGAGACUUCAACUACCGAAUAAAUAUUCCCAAUGAAGAGACAAAGGAACUGAUCAGACAGGAGAAUUGGGAUGCACUGAUUGCUGGAGAUCAGCUGCUGGAGCAGAAGAAUGCUGGACAGAUUUUUAGGGGCUUUAUUGAAGGGAAGCUGGAUUUUGCCCCCACUUACAAAUAUGACCUGUUUUCGGAGGACUACGACACCAGUGAGAAGUGCCGCACACCAGCCUGGACUGACCGUGUGUUGUGGAAGAGAAGGAAGUGGAACUUUGAUAAAACUGCGGAAGAGUUGGAGUUGAAUGUAGUAGGAGCCUCAGUGAAUGAGGAGGAUCAGUACCCAUGGAGCCCUGGAGAGCUCAAGUAUUAUGGUAGAGCAGAGCUUAAAACCUCUGAUCACAGGCCUGUGGUGGCUGUCAUGGAUGUGGACAUACUUGAGGUGGAUCCAGAGGCCAGACAUCAGGUGUAUAAGGAAGUGAUCGCCCUGCAGGGUCCACCAGAUGGCACCAUCCUUGUCUCUCUCUGCACGUCUGGUCCUGAUGACUACUUUGAUGAUGCACUGAUUGACGACCUGUUGGACAAGUUUGCAAAUUUUGGCGAGGUUAUUCUUAUCAGGUUUGUUGAAGAGAAAAUGUGGGUGACAUUUUUGGAGGGAUACUCUGCUCUGGCAGCUCUAUCUUUGAGUGGCUCUACUGUGGAUGGUAAGACCAUAGACAUUCGUCUGAGGAGUCCAGGUUGGAUAAAGAGUCUAGAGGAGGAAAUGAGUGUGGAGAGAAUCUGUGGUAGCAUCCCAACAUCCACCAGCUCUACCCUGCUGGCAGAAAACUCUGACAUAGGGGAAGAGUAUGACAUGGAAGGUGACGUGGAUGAGGAGGUUGAGGAUAUUUUACCCCAGCAUCUGCAACCUGGAGCAGGCAUGGAUCUGGGCACAUCCCCUGCCACAUCGCCACACACCAGUCCCUGCCCCUCUCCUACCCACGGAGAACCUGUGGCCCCCAUCCGGCCCAGCAGAGCCCCUCCACGCACAGCUGGACCACCACUGGGUUCUCCUGUUGAUGGUCAGACUGCUGGAGCUCCCUCUUCACAGAUACUAGAUCCAAAACGCCCCCCUCCUCCACGCCCCAAUGCCCCACCACCCCGACCUGCACCUCCACAGCGCCCACCACCACCCUCAGGACAAAAAAGCCCAGCAUUAGCACGUGCAGAUGCAGCUGGUCGAGGUCAAGCCACUGGUUCAGCCCCUGGAGGCGCCUCGCGGCCAAUCCCACCUCGAGCUGGAGUCAUCAGCGUCCCUCCUCAGGCUAGACCUCCUCCUGCUCAUCCUGGGGCCCCCAGACCCAUAGCAGAGGGGCAUCCUGGGGCACCACGACCCUCACCUGACAAUCAUCCUGGAGCACCAAGACACAUUCCUGAACCCCAAAGAAAACCAUCUGAACUGCCUCUGGGUCCAACCCCGACACUGCCAAGUCCCAUGAGGCCUCAGAUGAUAUCACCCAUGCAGCCUCAGUGUGUGUCACCAAUGCAGCCUCCAAUCCAAGUCCAACUGCCCCCACCCAUACAAUCCCAGCUCCCUCCACCAAUGCAGCCCACCUUCCCUGCCUCGCUGGUGCCUCAGCCUGCUCCUCAAGAGUCAACUGGAGCCGCUGCCGCCCCUCAGCCUGGACUGGCAUUUCCUAAACCUCCACCCCGGAGCCGGUCCUCUCAUGCACUGCCACCUGAGUCUGCUCCUGCUCCUACAUCUCAGGCCAAGGAGAUGAAUGGAGUCAAAAGAGAAGCACAAUGGAAACGAGACCCCUUCCACACGCUUAACACCCAGUCCCUCUUCCAAAACACCUCGUUCUCUGCUUCCCUCCCUCGCUCUUCUUCCUCAUCCACCCUCUCCCCUUCUUCUUCGUCCACAUUACCCAGCUCCCUCUCCCUUUUCUCAGCAUCGGACACCUGCAGCACUCCAUGUCUUCUGCUUCCACCCGUACCCUCCCGCAGCAAAUCCCAGGAGACCCUCCGUUCAUCCCACAGUCCGUUCCUCGCAGAAGCCCAACCCAGACCCAGCAGCACCAACUCUUUCACCGGCAACCUAUUGUCCUCCCCACGCCGAGCGCUCACGCCCGAUUUCUACACCCAGCAGCAGGCCCAGGAGGCCAGCCCGGGCCUCAGCAGGGCCAUGUCUGCUGUGGUUCACAGUUCAACUCUUCCACCAUCAUUCCCCAGACAGCAUUCCUUAGUUCCUGCUCCAGCAGUGGCCCCAGCUAAACAGAUCCAAGGAUGGGUCACAUUCGAUGAUGAUUCAGACUUUUCUAGAAAGUCAGGAUCUGCAGGUGGGUCCGUCCUGCCGCUUAUACCCGCAGCCUCAUCCCUUCCGUUCCCACAACCUCAGAGCAGCAUCCCCAGCUCAGGCUUUGGCAUAAACAGCAACUGGACGUCAUUUCCCACUUCUGCGUUUCCCAUGAUCCCCCCUCCGAUCCCAACCAGGACUAAUACCAGCAUCAAAAAUGCCCAUAUCCCCUCCAGAAAUGAAUUUACAGAGAGAUGAUGUAUGAGACAGUGUAUGUAAAAUACAAAGAAAAUAUUAUUGUGUAUCUAUAUAUGUGUAUGGUUUGUAUAAAAGUGUGGUGUUGGAAGUGUUUGUCCAAAAUAGAUCUGGCCGUUACUUUUAGCCCAAUGUAGAUGGGAAAUCAAGAGCAAAUCAACACAGUAUGUUGGUAUAUUUUUCGUUUUUUAAAAAACUGUAAUUUGCGUAUUAACCUGAUAUACAUCUGUGUGAAACAUUUUACACUUCAGUGGCCAAAUUUUGUAUAUUACACAUUAGACCGCAAAUCUUU